AUGGCAACUCGUGAUCGCAGUCGCUUAUCAACUCCAGCAGCUCAAAGUGAUUUACCUAUCGACCCUUCGCCUGCAGUUCAAUCGACUUCGUCUUCAGAUAGGUUAAGAUGUGGUAGUCCAACUAAAUCGUGUAAAACGUCGAAAGAAGACUUUAUUACUACAAGCCCUCAACCAUUUCGAUUUAAAACGGCUAGCAGAGCGAAUCAAAAGAUGCACAAUAUAGCCAAAAAAAUUUAUCAAAGCAACAACAAUAAUAGCAGCAUUAGCGAUUGUGUUUCAAAUACUCGAGCAUAUUCUGCAUUGGAGUUAAGAAGUGCUGCAGCCGGAAGAUCUAAUUUAGCAGCCUUAUUACGAGCAGAGUCAGUAAAAAGGAAAUUCGAAAUGGAAGCGGCAAAGAGUUUGGCUGAGCAACGACGGCGAAUUGAGCUAAGACAACGGGAUCGUAUACUCAGAUCUAAGCCUGCCUGGCACCUGGUUAAAAACAAUCACGAAGAAGAGAUAGCAAUUCGGUUACAGACUCGGCGUGACGAGGAGAGAAUGCGUCGGGAGGAAUUCCUGCAUGAGAUGGAAUUGAUGUAUGGAAGAGUUCAGCAGCAGCCGCUUCUAUUUGAAAGAUACUACGCACCUCGUUCUUAUUCACCGGGUGUGAGCAUUCAAUUAUCACCAAGGAAAUGCUCAAACAAUAAACGAUCCAGUCGACGAAACCGAAGAUAUCAAAUGACCACACCAAGCGAUGGUUGUGAUAGUGAUGAGCAAAAGUGUAUCGAUAAAAUUGAGAAAGAUAAAUUGUUUGAGAAUUGCAUGUAA